AUGCCAGCUAACUGCUCAGACAAGCACAAGUCUGUACUUCAGCAACAUGCUCCUACCACCCCAGAGUGGGGUCAUGAGCAUGUGGGAGUCAGGAUGGACAGACACGGGCCUGUUCCUGUUAUGGACAUGACAUGGAAGAUAAAGUCAGAUGGAAGUAUAUUUCGCCUUAAUGGAUCCGAGAUAAGUAUUCUGGAUGAGAGUACGAAUCAAAGCAUCUGUGUGGAGUUUUCUUUAAAUUUAACACGACAGCUUAAUCCAAACCAUAGCCAGUGGACAUUUUCCUUGGAUGGAGUUGUGGUAGAGCCUGAGCAUACGUAUAUGCUGUCAGUUUUUAAUUUGCCAGAACCUAUGAGUGGAGAUAACGGGAUCAGAAAGCAAAUUACCAUCCCAGGAUGUGGUGCCAGCAGCAUUCAAAUGGCCCAAAUGUGUCUGGAAAAUGGUAGUCUAUGGGACCCUCACAUGGCCACUAAUCUGUCUAUUGAUAAGGAACAUAAAAAGUUGUUCAUUGUUGUGGGUUUUGAGGCAGCACAGUACUCAGAGAGCUACCAAGUCUCCAUCCAGAGUAAUGAUCUCUACUAUUCAAAGAAUGUCUCAAAGCAGAAAAACAGAAUAUCACUCAGUGUGACAUUUGAGCUUGACUUGUGGCAACUCUCACAAUGUGAAAUGUUGUUAACGAUUCAGCCAUUUUUUGUGCAAUGCAAGAAUGAUUGUUGGCGCCCCAAGAAAAUGAUUGACUACUGCCCUUGUAAGUACAAUUUUUGA